CCUCGCACCAUCCAUCCAUCAAGCGCAACACAAGGCGCGCAAUCCAUGUACUCGGCCAGCCAUCAUGGCUCCGUCAUCCAAGAAUACGACAUCGCAGGGCCGCCCGCGUGAGAAGCGCUCGCGGUCGCGCGCCACGAGCCCGACAUCUACCACCACGAAGACAGCGUCCGUCGGCGCAUCCACGACGACCCCAUAUCUCCACACUUCUCUGCAGGUGCUAUCGCCAAAUCUGUCCAUCGAUGCUUUGAUGGACAAGCAUGCUACAAACUCGCUCAACCCACCUUCGGCCUCGAGCUUGCACGCUUUACAUGACAGCAUCAACUCACACGUCCUGCUCAACGUCCGCUCCCGAAGCGACGCUUGCGAUCGCAGCAUGCGCGAACUGUCAAGGAAAAGGAAAAUUCGCGCCGACCAGGAAGUCGAUCGAGAGCGGCAGGAAGAGGAGGCUGAACAACGCAAGAGAGCCCGCGUGUCCAAGAAGAACGACUCGCACCGGCCACCCGCUGUCGGCGCCCACGGCCUUGCGCGCCAGGACGGUCAGCCCUCUCCGACCCCCGAAUCGCCGUCUGCUGUCAAAUCCCUGCCUGAACAAAACUCAUCUUCGCCCGCCCUCUCCGAUGCUGAACACCAGCCCCCUCCCGCGCCUGCAAUCGCCCACUACGAAACAUUUGGCAACGAUCCCACCCAAUUCGAUGAUCCCACCGUCUACCACAUCCGCGACUGGACACCAGACAUGUCUGACGACGAGAAAAAGGCCAUCUUCUGCGUUGCGCGCUUCCCACAUGAUGAUCUGCACGACUUGACGCCAGGCACUCCACCCGACAUGGACUUCAGUAGCGCCAAACCCGCCAGUCAGAUCAACUUCUCCACCUUUCAAGCAUACGUCGAGCCAUAUAUUCGGCCCCUGACCGAAGAAGAUGUCGCCUUUCUAAAAGAGCGCGGCGAUCGUGUCACACCAUACCUUAUUCCACCGCGAGGCUUAAUGCCAUACACCGAAGUCUGGGCCAAGGAGGACGGCGUGAGCCAUCACGACUUCAAUCUCCGUCUACCUUCGAAUGAGCCUAGAGGAAACAUCGAAGACAUGAAUGACGACGUCGCCGAAACAGCGCAGGUCUCUGCUGGUCCCUUGAUCUCGCGUCUCAUGAGUGGCUUCCGGCAUGAUCCACAUGUGACCAAAGAUGAUCAAUCCAACGGAAAUGCCGAUGUCUCAAUGACCAGUGGGGAAGGUACUGCCGGCACUCAAGAGAACGAGCAAAACCCAAAUACCGAAGAGGCAUCAGAUGCAGUUGCCUCGUUCAAACCUGCGACACACUUUCCCGAUCAACACAAGAUUCCGCCCAAUGUCGGACGCGACUUUGCUCCGCUAGAACAACGAACGUUACAAGAGUUGCGCUAUUGCGGGUUUGUCACUCCAGAAGCAACACCCGACUAUGACUCGCAAUAUGAUGAUGAAGUCGCCGCUCGUCUGCGCUACCUACAAUCAGAGCUACAGCGUGUGUCACGAGAGAACACAUCACGAAAAGCACGUGUGCUAGAACUGACCGAGGAACGCAUGGCCAUGCAAGAAUACUCGACUAUCGCCGAUGAUUUAGACUCCCAGAUCAAUACUGCCUAUUUGAAGCGCAACCGCACCAUGAGUAAGCCCAAGAAGGGAGCAAACAAGGGGAGACCUGGCGGUACAGGCGGCGUGGCUAUCAGCAGAAACUUGGUCAGCGAAGGCGUCAAGAUGUUGAUGGACAGAAGAAAGGAGUGGAGAGAGCUCAUCGGUCCGGUUGUCGACUUUGGACAGCAGCGGAUACCAAAGGAGACUGUCUUUGACAGGGAAAACAUGGAACGACUCGAGACGGUGGAGGCCGAUGCUGGUGAAGAGGAGAUAGAAUAGGUACAAGUGCCAUGCUAAUUAUUGCUAGCGGGCUUGACGCCUAACUGAAUGACUUGAUGACUACAUACGUGCUUGUCAUAGCUAUGUACAGUUCUGCUGAAAUUCGUACAAAGUGAAUGCCGU